AUGGCCUUGCCGGUGAUCAACCUACCGCUCGACUACGAGGCCGAAGCGCAAACGAUACAGACCUUUUUGCAGAAAUGUACUGCACCCACUCGCGCGGUGCUCAGGCGUCAAGGCAUGAUUCGAGUCGAUGGUAUGGACGACACCGCUCUCGAGGAGUCUGCACGCCGCGAGAACGCCAUGGAUGCCGACAUGAGCUCGGAGGAGGAAGAUGAGCUUGCAGAGGAAGAUCGGCCAAAGAAAUACCUGGACAUGCUGCAACGCGUUGCAAAUCGAGAGCAAGAGAAGCUCGUCAUCGAGCUCGACGACGUUUACAGGGUGGAAGGCGCGGCUCUUGUCGCGCAUAUUAUGCAGAACGCGCUGCGAUACCGCAAUCUGUUCGGCACCGUCGUAGAUCUGCUAAUGCCAGAGGCGACGGUGGAGCUGACCGGCAAAGAAGACGUGCUAGAUACCAUCAUGGAGCAGAGGCGCGAGCGAUCGCGACUGAACGAAGAGGCAGGUGAAGAGAUCUUCCCGAUGGAUUUGGUCAGACGAUACAAUCUGUACUUCAAGCCAAGAUCAGGCAGCAAGGCUCUAGCCGUCAGGGAAGUCCGAGGUGCCCAUCUCGGCAAGUACAUCACCGUUCGAGGUAUCGUCACGCGUGUCAGCGAGGUCAAACCCCUAUUGCUUGUUACGGCCUAUACCUGCGAUUCUUGCGGCGUCGAGAUAUUCCAGGAGGUCGCCCAAAAGACAGUCAAGCCGCUGACCGCGUGCAUCAGCCAAGCAUGCGUGGACGAUGGUGGCCGUGGCACACUCCACAUGCUCACUCGUGCUUGCAAAUUCUCACCCUUUCAGGAGCUGAAAAUCCAGGAAAUGGCCGACCAAGUCCCUGUCGGGCACAUUCCUCGCACGAUGACGAUUCACCUCAAUGGAAAUAUGACCCGACAAGUCUCACCGGGCGACGUCGUCAAUAUUGGAGGCAUCUUCUUGCCCAUGCGCUAUGAAGGCUUCAAGGCCAUGCGACUCGGGCUGCAGACCGACACGUAUCUCGAAGCGCAUCACAUUCAUCAACUCAAGAAGCAGUACGAAGCUAUGGAGCUGACGCCAAAGAUUGUGCAACAAGUUCAAGAACUGAAAGAGGAUCCUCGACUGUACGCCAAGCUGGCAACGUCAAUCGCGCCAGAGAUCUAUGGACACGAGGACGUGAAGAAGGCUCUCCUGUUGCUUCUCGUCGGCGGUGUCACGAAAAACAUGGGAGAUGGCAUGAAGAUCCGGGGCGAUAUCAACAUCUGCCUCAUGGGCGACCCUGGAGUCGCCAAGUCCCAGCUGCUCAAGUAUAUUACUAAGAUUGCGCCUCGAGGUGUCUAUACCACUGGCCGGGGCUCGUCCGGCGUUGGUCUCACUGCUGCGGUCAUGCGCGAUCCCGUCACAGACGAAAUGGUGCUAGAGGGCGGCGCGCUCGUGCUCGCCGACAAUGGCAUCGCAUGCAUUGAUGAAUUCGACAAGAUGGAUGAAUCUGAUCGCACAGCGAUCCACGAAGUGAUGGAGCAGCAGACCAUAUCGAUCUCAAAGGCUGGCAUCACGACGACGUUGAAUGCUCGCACAUCGAUUCUGGCUGCCGCAAAUCCUCUAUACGGACGCUAUAAUCCCAAGAUCUCACCGGUCGACAACAUCAACCUGCCCGCUGCCUUGCUGUCUCGGUUUGACAUCCUCUUCUUGAUCUUGGACACUCCGACGCGUGACGAUGACGAGCGUCUGGCUCAGCAUAUCACUUAUGUGCACAUGCACAGUCAAGCACCGGAGCUCUUGACCGAUAUAGUUAGCCCCACUUUGAUGCGUCAUUACAUCGCGCUGGCUCGGCAAAAGCGGCCGACCGUUCCGCCCGCCGUGUCAGAAUACGUCGUCGGUGCAUACGUACAGCUUCGGAAGCAGUCCAAAGAAGACGAAGAUCGCAAUCAGGCAUUCACGUACACUUCUGCGCGAACACUUCUCGGCAUCUUGCGGUUAUCACAGGCAUUGGCUCGCUUACGAUUCGCAGAUGAGGUCGAGAUACCGGACGUUGAUGAAGCACUGCGCCUGUCUGAAGUCAGCAAGUCUUCGCUCUACAAUGACGAUGCCGAUAUGCGGGCAGCAGAGAACGAUCGAACAGACACGUCUAAAAUCUACCGCAUCAUCCGCGAUAUGAAUGAGGCUGCUUCUGAAGAAGACGAUGCGCUCAGCUUGCGCGAGAUCAGGGAGCGCGUGCUUGCCAAAGGAUUCACUGAAAGCUCACUCACGGAAUGCCUGGACACUUAUGAGGAGCUCGAUGUGUGGCAGAGAGAAGCUCAAGGGACGAUGCUGCGUUUCUUACAGGCAUGA